AUGGCCAAGUUGGUAAGGCACCUCACUAGAGAACAAGAAGACUUACAAGAACUAUGGAAACUUUUCAAAGAUAGCCCUGAAGAUAUUCAAACACGAAGAAAACAGGUUACUUCGAUAAUACAAGAGAACAAUUCAUCAUCUUUCCCAUCAGAGAUAUCGGUUUUAACAUCUAUUGAUGAAUUAACUGGGUGUUUUGGAUUGGGCUAUCAAUUAAAGAAUUAUUAUAGAUAUGGAGAAUAUUCUGAUUGUAAAAGACAAAGAGAAAAAUUUUGGUUCGCUAUCAAAAAUGGAUCAAUUAUGGAAGGAAGUGAUACGUAUUCGAUUAAUGAUGAAACUUUGAUGAAACCCAAGGAAUUGAAAAGAAGACAAAAAAUUCAAGAAUUCUACAAAAAAAGACUAUUAGAAGAUAAGGCAAGAGGAAGCUCCGAGGAUAUUUGGAGCGAACGUAAAGAGCCUUUAGUUAACUUCUUGAAUAAAUAA